CGCGCCCGCGGCCCGCCCCCGUCCCGCUGCACUGUGGGUAGGCGGUGGCGGCGUCCGCGCGGAGGCCGGGCGGCGAAGCGAGGCCGCGCGCCGAAGAUGGCUGAGAAGCAGAAGCACGACGGGCGGGUGAAGAUCGGGCACUACGUGCUGGGGGACACGCUGGGCGUCGGCACCUUCGGCAAAGUGAAGAUUGGAGAACAUCAAUUGACAGGCCAUAAAGUGGCAGUUAAAAUCUUAAAUAGACAGAAGAUUCGCAGUUUAGAUGUUGUUGGAAAAAUAAAACGAGAAAUUCAAAAUCUAAAACUCUUCCGUCAUCCUCAUAUUAUCAAACUAUACCAGGUGAUCAGCACUCCAACAGAUUUUUUUAUGGUAAUGGAAUAUGUGUCUGGAGGUGAAUUAUUUGAUUACAUCUGUAAACAUGGUCGGGUUGAAGAGAUGGAAGCUAGGCGGCUGUUUCAGCAGAUUCUGUCGGCAGUGGAUUAUUGUCACAGGCAUAUGGUUGUUCAUCGAGACCUGAAACCAGAGAAUGUGCUAUUGGAUGCACAUAUGAACGCCAAGAUAGCUGAUUUUGGAUUAUCCAACAUGAUGUCAGAUGGUGAAUUUCUACGAACUAGUUGUGGAUCUCCAAAUUAUGCAGCACCUGAAGUCAUCUCAGGCAGAUUGUAUGCAGGUCCUGAAGUUGAUAUCUGGAGCUGUGGUGUUAUCUUGUAUGCUCUUCUUUGUGGCACCCUCCCAUUUGAUGAUGAGCAUGUACCUACAUUGUUUAAGAAGAUCCGAGGGGGCGUGUUUUAUAUUCCAGAGUAUCUUAAUCGUUCUGUUGCUACUCUGCUGAUGCACAUGCUGCAGGUUGACCCCCUGAAACGAGCAACUAUCAAAGACAUAAGAGAGCAUGAAUGGUUUAAACAAGAUUUGCCCAAUUACUUAUUUCCUGAAGACCCCUCUUAUGAUGCUAAUGUUAUUGAUGAUGAGGCUGUGAAAGAAGUAUGUGAAAAAUUUGAGUGUACAGAAUCAGAAGUAAUGAACAGUUUAUAUAGUGGUGACCCUCAAGACCAGCUUGCAGUGGCAUAUCAUCUUAUCAUUGACAAUCGGAGAAUAAUGAACCAAGCCAGUGAGUUCUACCUCGCCUCUAGCCCUCCAACUGGUUCUUUUAUGGAUGAUAGUGCCAUGCAUAUUCCCCCAGGCCUGAAACCUCAUCCAGAAAGAAUGCCACCUCUUAUAGCAGACAGUCCCAAAGCAAGAUGUCCAUUGGAUGCACUGAAUACGACUAAGCCCAAGUCUUUAGCUGUGAAAAAAGCUAAGUGGCAUCUUGGAAUCAGAAGCCAGAGCAAACCUUAUGACAUUAUGGCUGAAGUUUACCGGGCUAUGAAGCAGCUGGAUUUUGAAUGGAAGGUAGUGAAUGCAUACCAUCUUCGUGUAAGAAGAAAAAAUCCAGUGACUGGCAAUUAUGUGAAAAUGAGCUUACAGCUUUACCUGGUUGAUAAUAGGAGCUAUCUUUUGGAUUUUAAAAGCAUUGAUGAUGAGAUGGUGGAGCAGAGAUCUGGUUCCUCAACACCUCAGCGUUCCUGUUCUGCUGCUGGCUUACACAGACCAAGAUCCAGCUUUGAUUCUACGACUAUAGAAAGCCAUUCWCUUUCUGGCUCUCUCACUGGCUCUUUGACCGGAAGCACAUUGUCUUCAGUUUCCCCUCGCCUGGGCAGUCACACCAUGGAUUUUUUUGAAAUGUGUGCCAGUCUGAUCACUACUUUAGCCCGUUGAUGAUCUCCCUGAUUUUUAUCUUUCUGUUACUGCACUGUGAAAAUCAGAUACAUUCUUUAAAUUAUUAUCUUCUGGAUAUCACACUUCG